AUGAAGUUAAUGAUUCUGAGUGUUGCCGUAGUUUGUAUAAUUUUAUCAGCUGAGUGUACAAUUGAAUUCAAAUAUCAUAAGAAUGACGAAUUAGAAACAGUUCUUAGAUCAUUAGAAGAGAAAGGGAGGAAGGUUUUGGAGACGCGUUUAUACACGAUUGGAAAUUCUUCUAGUAUAACAAAUCCAGUACCGUUGUGGGUUUUAGAGCUAACAGCGGCGAAGAAGUCACAAUAUGGCGUUCCAAAUGUGAAAUUGGUUGGCAAUAUGCACGGAAAUGAAGCUGGAGGAAGGGAGAUUUUAUUACAUUUUAUAGAGUAUUUGAUAGACCAAUACAGCCAAAAGAACAAAACAGUGCUUUGGCUUCUUCAAAACACUAAACUCCACGUAAUUCCAACAAUAAAUCCCGACGGGUUUGCCAAUGCUGCGACUGUUUGUGACGGAGCUACCGGCAGAUUCGUUUUAAUCGACGGUAGCAAAAUCGAUUUAAAUAGAGACUUUCCCAACUACUUUCUGCCAAGUCCAGAGCAAGAACAAGCAAAGGAGACGAAAGCAAUAAUAAAAUUAAUGAAAGAUACUAAAUUUAUAUUGUCUGCGGCACUUCACGAAGGUGCACUAGUUGCCAACUACCCUUAUGAUCAGAAUCCCGAAUUUUAUAGAAGAGAAUUUUUAACACCAGACGACGACGUAUUCAAGUUUUUAGCAAAGACUUAUUCAGACAAUCAUCCAGAAAUGCAUACCGAAGUACACUGUGAAGGUGUGCAACAAACAUUUGAACAUGGUGUCGUAAACGGAGCUGAUUGGUAUCAAGUAGAAGGUGGCAUGGGAGACUACAACUAUAAUUACCACGGAUGUAUGGAACUCACUCUGGAAUUAUCCUGUUGCAAAUAUCCCCCAAAAGAACUUCUUCCCAAAUUAUGGGACGAUAAUAGACAGUCACUUUUGCUGUAUUGUAUGCAAGCAAACAGAGGAGUAACAGGAAGAAUAUUGGAUUUCAUUACACGUAAACCUGUAGAAGCUAAAUUAAAGAUAGAAGGUAGGGAUGCAGUAAAAAUAGGAAGAGAGUCUAAAGAAAUAUACUUUAAAAGUUGGGACAAAACUGGAGAAUUUUGGAGGCUUUUGUUACCUGGAACUUAUGUAUUAAAAGUUAAGGCCACCGGUUAUUAUCCGAUAACUAAGACGUUUGUAGUAAAAGAUAAUUUACCUUUUCCAAAACUCACCUAUUUGGACAUAUCUCUCCUACCCACUACAGUAUCCACAACGACGCAUUUUACUCCUACGGACAAAACGAGUUCAGUCUCAGUCAUAAACCUGACAUCACGUUUUAGUGAUAUGGAUGAUACGGUAGUGACAGGAGUCCAAGAAGUAAGAAACGGACUUGCGGUCCGGAACAAAUACAGCAUCAUAAUGCUGGUGAAUCUGGUUGUUCUGUUGGUUCAUCUAACGUGA